GGUGUGUGAGGCCGGUGUUUCCCAGAGUGCCCCGCGGAGCUUACCGGACCCCGGAGGGAAGUUAGAAAUAAAAAAUGGCGAGUACCAGGACUCCGCUUCUGCUCAUUUUAUAGAAGGGACGGCGGCAGCGGCGGGCUCCCCUCUGGGGGGCCGAUAGUUACCGGCCGCUGGAUCUCCUUGCUGACGGCUUCUCACCGGGGAGACUUUCUCUGCGUACGACCGGGGCGCGUGUCUUGUACCGCAGCAGUAGUGAGGGUUAUUGGGCAGGAUGGAGGAUCUUCCGGCGGCUGGAGGAAUGGCCGCCUCUCCGCGGUUGCAGCAGGCCGUGGGUCCGGCCCAGUCCCAGGGAGCCCCGUGUGAGUCUGCCUGUGAUCUGACCAGCCGCCCCCCUCAGUACACUAUCCCGGGGAUCCUGCACUACAUCCAGCACGAGUGGGCCCGUUUCGAAAUGGAGAGAGCGCACUGGGAGGUGGAGAAGGCCGAGCUACAGGCACGGAUAGCCUUCUUACAAGGAGAAAGAAAAGGUCAGGAAAAUUUGAAGAAAGAUUUAGUAAGAAGAAUAAAGAUGUUAGAGUAUGCAUUAAAACAAGAGAGGUCAAAGUACCAUAAAUUAAAAUAUGGAACAGAGUUAAAUCAAGGAGACUUGAAGACGCCAACAUUUGAAUCAGAAGAAACCAAAGAUUCUGAGGUUUCCCCUGGGCCUCAGAAUAGUCAGCUGACCUGGAAACAAGGCCGUCAGCUGUUAAGACAGUACCUUCAGGAGGUUGGAUACACAGAUACCAUACUGGAUGUGCGGUCACAAAGGGUACGCUCUUUGCUGGGACUUUCAGGCUCAGAGCCAAACGGCUCAGUGGAAACAAAGAACCUAGAACAGAUCCUCAAUGGAGGGGACUCUCUUUCUCUUAAACAAAAGGGACAAGCAAACAAAAGGAACUCAGGUGAUGUUCUUGAAACAUUUAAUUUCUUAGAAAGUGCUGAUGACAGCGACGAAGAAGACGAAGGGGACCUAAUUGAGGAUGUCCCUGACAGAAGGGAGAAGCAGCAAAUAAAUAAGAAGCAUAAAAUUGGCAAUGAAGGUUUAGCAGCUGAACUUGCCGAUGAUACAGAGGAAGCACUGAAGGAGUUUGAUUUCCUAGUAACGGCAGAAGAUGGAGAAGGAGCAGGAGAAGCGAGGAGUUCUGGGGAUGGGACAGAAUGGGGGGUAAACAGGACGAAACUGCAUGACAUGAUCGCAGACCUAGGAGACGAGGAUCCUUCUCACAUCCCAGCAGAAAUCCUGAGCCCGGGCCGCACACCCUCCUCAAGAAUUACCGAUCAUGAAGGUGGAAGAGCAGAGGAAGCUGAGCCUAUCGCAUUUCCUCCUGGAUCUGGUAAAUCCUUUAUAAUGGGAUCAGAAGAUGUUCUGGAAAGCGUCUUGGGACUUGGCGAUUUGGCUGACCUCACAGUCACAAAUGACUCGGAUUUCAGUUACGAUCUUCCAUCCAACAAGGAUGCCUUUAGGAAGACAUGGAACCCAAAGUACACCCUUCGCAGCCACUUUGAUGGGGUCCGUGCCCUAGCCUUUCACCCGCUGGAGCCUGUUCUGGUCACUGCUUCUGAGGACCACACCCUGAAACUAUGGAAUUUGCAGAAAACUGUUCCCACCAAAAAGAGUACCUCCUUCGAUGUGGAACCCAUCUACACGUUUAGAGCUCACAUUGGGUCUGUCCUUUCACUUGUGGUCGGCUGCAGCGGAGAACACUGCUACAGUGGAGGGCUCGACUCAACAAUACAGUGGUGGAAAAUACCAAGCCCCAAUGUGGAUCCAUAUGAUACAUAUGACCCCAGUGUUCUGGCUGGCACUCUAGUUGGGCACACGGAUGCCGUAUGGGGUCUGUCACAUAGUGGAGUUAAAGAUCACUUGCUCUCCUGUUCCGCUGACGGGACCGUACGGUUAUGGAGUCCACCAACAGGCACCCAGUGUAUCGGCACCUACAAUGGAAACAGAGAACACGGGAUCCCCACUUCUGUUGAUUUUAUUGGCUGUGACCCUGCUCAUGCUGUAGCCUCUUUUACAAGUGGUUGCAUUGUUGUUUAUGACUUAGAAACUUCUGAGUCUGUGAUACAGCUUUCUUCCCCCUCUGACCCUGGUGCGCCAUUUUCCAACCAUAUUAAUAAAAUUGUGAGCCACCCAACGCUCCCUGUUACUAUUGCAGCAUUUGAAGAUCGGCACAUCAAGUUUUUUGACAAUAAAUCAGGAAAGACUAUCCACUCUAUGGUGGCUCACUUGGAUGCAGUGACGAGUCUUGCUGUGGAUCCCAAUGGAAUCUACCUGAUGUCUGGAAGCCACGAUUGCUCCAUCAGACUGUGGAACCUGGACAGCAAGACGUGCGUACAGGAGAUCACCGCCCACCGCAAGAAGCUCGACGAAUCUAUUUACGAUGUUGCCUUUCAUCCAACCAAAGCGUUCAUCGCUAGCGCCGGAGCAGACGCCCUGGCUAAGGUCUUUGUCUGACCCCUUUUUCCAAGUGCAUUUGGGACAAAACCGAGAAAGAGGCUAAUGCCGCGCUCUCUAAGCAAAACCUUGAAACAUCACUGCCAUGAGGAACUUGCACCCCAACACUACAAUGCAGAGCCCCCCCUGCAGGACAGUGACAUACUGGUUACACAAGUUGCUUUUGUCCCUCAAUCCUUACCCCUCCCCCCCCAUCCCUUUUUAAUAUCGGGACGGCUUUUUCUAGAGCUGUAAUUACUGUAAUUUAUACCCUUUGUUUCCCUCGCAGUAACCAGUAUUUGCAGCCCCUGCACCGGGUGUCUGUGCUAUAUAAAUAUAUAUAUAUAAUAUAAUAUAUAUUUCUUUUUUUUAGCGCUCUUUAGAAAAUAUACUUUGUUCAAGGCGUUUUCCCCAGUCUACUUCUAAUCUCAGACCCACAAUGCAAUGUGCAGGAGCGCAACUAACGCAAAUAAGGGUGGGGGGUGUUUGUGGGGGCGACUUCUCUACCAUACCAUGCAGACCCUUAGCGCAGUCACGUCCUGAUAUAAUGAAUUACAACCUUUCAUCGUUUUUUUUUUCCACCCGCAUCUUAAAGGACCAGCAGCCGACUUCACACUGGAUUAACUCCCAGAAAGGUUACAGAGAGCCGUAUUCACUAACGGCCGUCUCUCUCGCACACUCGGAACACUACAGAGAUUUGUAUUCGCUGGUGGGUUUAACCCUCUCCGUGCCUGGCUGCCAACGAAGGGAUUUUAAAAGCGACUUUUUUCUUGACGAGGUUUUUUUUCUUUCUUUUCUGCCAUUGAAAGCAAGUGUGUAACUCUAUUUUUUAGCAUUAGUCUUGCAUAUACACACGUUUUUUGGGUCUAACUGUAGUUUUUACUUUUUUUAUAUAUAUAUUUAAGCCGUUGCAGAAUUGCAGUGUUUUUAUCAGCCAUAUUAAAAGGUAAAAAGAAAAAAAAAAAAAAGAAUUUUACAGCUUUUUAUACCGCCAUCCUUCCCUACACAGAAGGUGAAUGUUUGGGAAAAAAUCCCCCCCCCCCCUUUUUUUCUUUCUUCUUCAUCAUCGCCUUUCCCUUUCUCCUCCCACACUUUGCAUCCCUGUAAUGCCAUUGGUCAGCCAUGCUGCCAAUAACUCAGGGGUUAAAGAGAUUAGGGAUGCACCGAAUCCGCUAUUUUGGAUUCGGCCGAACCCCCUAAUCCUUUGCAAAAUAUUUGGCCGAACACCGAACCGAAUCCUAAUUUGCAUAUGCAAAUUAGCUUUCGGAUUUAGUUCGUCCAGGCAGAAGUAUUCGACGAAUCCGAAUCCUGCUGAAAAAGGCAGAAUCUUGGCCGAAUCCUGGAUUUGGUGCAUCCCUAAAAGAGAUACUGACACCAGAAAUUAAACUCUUUUUUACAUCUAUCAUAGUAUUUCCUUUAAAAGCUACUUAUAAAUGUGCACAAUGCUUUUACAUUACUUGUCUGAUGCCCCGUGUUCCUGUAUGAGGGAGCUGCCAUAUUUGUGCAGCAGGAGUCCGUUAGCAUUGGAAACUUUAACUGACAGUCAGGUUGGUAAAACCGUCAGGUUUAGAAACUUCAACUAACAAUU